AUGUACACAUUUUUCUGUCUGGAGAGGAGCGCGCAUAGACAGUGCUUGAGGGCGCUGUCUGUGUCUUUGUCUGUUGUUUACUGCGAGCGUCUCCCUAUCGGGACGCUCCGUUCUCGUUUGACACUCUUCCUGAGGGAAGAGCUGUCUGCAUCUGUGCCUGGUGAUUCUGGCUCGUUUGUGCUGAGUACGCACAGUACGCACAGUGUGUACAGCCACAGGACAGCUGCAGGCGCCACUGUUAGAGAGUUCAAGAGCGAGUUUGCCGAAGAGGAUAAGAAGAAUGCACGUGUUGGGACAGUGAUUGGAAUAGACCUCGGGACAACCUACUCCUGUGUUGGAGUGUUCAAGAACGGCCGUGUUGAGAUCAUCGCCAAUGACCAGGGAAACCGCAUCACUCCAUCAUAUGUGGCUUUCACUGCUGAUGGAGAGCGUCUCAUUGGAGACGCUGCGAAGAACCAGCUGACCUCCAACCCUGAGAACACCGUCUUUAAUACCAAGCGUUUGAUCGGCCGCACAUGGGGUGACUCCUCCAUGCAGCAGGACAUUAAAUACUUUCCCUUUAAGGUAACUGAGAAGAACAACAAGCCUCACAUCCAGCUGAAUAUUGGAUCAGGCCAAAUGAAGACUUUUGCCCCUGAGGAAAUCUCUGCAAUGAUUCUGACUAAAAUGAAGGAAACUGCAGAGGCUUACCUGGGACAGAAGGUCACACAUGCUGUGGUCACUGUGCCCGCUUAUUUCAGCGAUGCCCAGCGCCAGGCCACCAAAGACGCAGGAACCAUCGCUGGUCUGAACAUCAUGAGGAUCAUCAACGAGCCAACUGCUGCCGCCAUUGCUUAUGGUCUGGACAAGAAGGACGGUGAGAUGAACAUCCUGGUGCUCGAUCUGGGCGGCGGCACCUUUGACGUGUCCCUGCUGAACAUCGACAAUGGUGUGUUCAAGGUGGUGGCCACCAACGGAGACACUCACCUGGGUGGGAUAGAUUUCGACCAGCGCAUCAUGGAGCACUUCAUCGAGCUGUACAAGAAGAAAACUGGGAAGGACGUGCGCAAGAACAACCGUGCCGUGCAGAAGCUGCGUCGUGAGGUGGAGAGGGCUAAGAGUGCCCUGUCCGACCAGCACCAGGUCCAAAUCGAGAUUGAAUCCUUCUUCAAGGGCGAAGACUUCUCUGAAACUCUGACCCGCGCCAAGUUUGAGGAGCUCAACAUGGAUUUGUUCCACUCCACCAUGAAACCAGUGCAGAAGGUUCUGGAAGAUUCUGGCCUAAAGAAGUCUGACAUCGAUGAGAUUGUCUUGGUCGGUGGCUCCACUCGAAUCCCCAAGAUCCAGCAGCUGGUGAAAGAGUUCUUCAACGGCAAAGAGCCUUCCAGAGGAAUCAACCCCAUAGAGGCCGUGGCAUACGGAGCCGCCGUUCAUGCCGGAGUUCUGUCAAGACAAUACACCGGUGACCUGGUGCUUCUGGACGUGUGCCCUUUGACCCUGGGUAUUGAGACCGCUGGAGGAGUGAUGACCCAGCUUAUUCCCAGAAACACUGUUGUGCCCACCAAGAAUUACAAGAUGUUCUCCACCGCUUCUGACAACCAGCCAACCGUGACCAUCAAAGUUUAUGAAGGUGAGCAUCCCCUGACCAAGGAUAACCUCCUUCUGGGAACCUUUGACCUGACCGGCAUCCCUCCCGCACCCCGCGGCGUCCCUCAGAUCAGGGUGGCAUUCAGCAUCAAUGCGAACUCCAUACUCCAUGUCACAGCCGAGGACGUAAGCACAGGGAAAAAGAACAAGAUCACCAUCAACAAUGACCGUAAACGCUCGACACCCAAAGACAUUGAGCGCAUGGUGAACGAAGCUAAGCACUUCGCAAACAAGGACAAGAAUCUGAAGGAGCGCAUUGAAGCCCGCAACGAGCUGGAGAGCUACGCCUACUCUCUGAAGAACCAGAUCAGUGACAAGAAGCAGCUCGGCGGCAAACUGUCAUCUGAAGAUAAAGAAGCCAUCGAGAAGGCAGUGAAGAGAAAGAUCAAGUGGUUGGAGUCUCAUCAGGAAGCAGAACUCAAAGACAUCCAGGCCAAGAAGAAGGAGCUGGAGGAGGUCAUGCAGCCCAUCGUGAGCAAGCUGUAUGGCAGCGUGGGUGGCCUGCCACCAGAAGAGGGCGACGAGCAGGGCGAAAAGGACGAGUUGUAGAUCGUUCAGUUACGUUGACGCCCUCGCCUCUCUAGAAGUGGCAUUGGUGUACAUAUUGAACAUUUCAACCGUGAAGCCACGAAUCUCUUCGGGAAAGACUU